AUUUUGAAAAACACGCUUAUCAUUUUUGCCCAUCCUUAUUUGGAACAUUCACAGUCGAAUAAAGAAUUACUUAAUUUUUAUGUUCGUCAUCACCAUUGUGUGUUUAGGGAUUUGUACGAAGAGUUCCCAGAUUUUCAUAUUCCCGCUUUUAGAGAACGCAAAAGAUUGAAAAAUUUCGAUCGUAUAAUUUUUCAUUUUCCUCUUAUUUGGUUUGGCAUUCCACCCUUAUUAAAAUUAUGGAUUGAUGAAGUAUUUGAUCUCAAAUGGCAAAAAGAAGACGAAGAAAACCCAUUAAAAAACAAAGAAGCCAUUAUACUGAUAAAUAUGGAAACGGGUGUAGCCAUGACGAUUCUGAUUUUCUUAGGUGCCGCUAUCACCAUGGCACCUCUAGCUAAAAAAUUGGGAUUUAGUUCUGUAAUAGGGUAUAUCUUGGGAGGAAUUAUUAUUGGACCGUUUGUAUUACAACUUACUGGUGAUAAUACGGAUGGGAUUAUGCAUGCUACAGAAUUUGGGGUGGUAUUACUUUUGACUGGAGCUAGAGCCCAAAAAAUUCUGGGCCAUGCGAAGAAAAAUACUAGGAUUAGGAUUGGGACAGAUGCUUUUAACAGUGCUAUUACUAGUCGUUAUUUUUUAUUUUGCAGGAUGGGCAAACAAUCAAGCUUUGGUAGUGGCUUUGUGUUUUGCACUUUCUUCCACUGCUAUGGUUUUGCAAAUUUUACAGGAAAAGGAUCUCAUCAAAACCAGUUCGGGAGAAGCCGCUUUUUCCACCCUAUUAUUUCAAGAUAUUGCAUUUAUACCCAUUUUGGCCAUUUUGCCUCUUAUUGCCAAAACAGAAACCGCAGUAGAGAAAAAAGUUAUGAAUUUGCUGAUACAACAACUACCAGAGUGGUUACAACCUUUUUCAAUUUUAUUAGGAGUGAAUUUAUUUUUGUUCCUUUUUUACGAUAUGUCUCCAAAUCUAAUAUGAGUGAACUCCUCACUGCCACUUCAUUGUUUCUAAUUAUUGGAGUUUCCGAACUUAUGAUUACAAUAGGUCUAAGCCCUGCUCUAGGUGCUUUUAUAGCUGGGGUUAUGCUCGCCAACAGUGAGUUUCGGCAUGAGCUGGAGUCCCAUGUGGAUCCUUUUAAGGGUCUAUUUUUAGCUGUUUUUUUUGUUAGUGUGGGUGCGAGUAUAGAUUUUGAUGUAGUUUUUCAAAAUCCUCUAUUUAUUUUGAGCCUUACAAUUGUAGUAAUUCUGGUUAAAUUUAUGGUAUUGGUAAUCGUAGGCAAGGUGUUUAGUCUAUCUUGGGAUCAGAAUUUAUGGUUUGCUUUUGCACUUGCACAAGUAGGAGAAUUUGCUUUUGUUUUACUCAAUUAUUCAAUGAAACUAUUUUUAAUAAGUCCUGAACUAAAUGCACAAAUGGUAGCCGUUACGGCAAUUUCUAUGUGUUUUACUCCAAUAUUAUUGGUGAUAUAUGAUAAAUUAAUUCUCCCUAGAUUUUUACAAACAGAUAAUCAUAACAAAGAACCCACCGAUACCGAAAAUCCUGAACAUCAUAAAAUUAUUAUUAUAGGAUUCGGAUAUUUUGGGAGUGCAGUUGGUAGAUUAUUGAGAGCGAAUAAUAUAAAGGCUACUAUACUGGAUCAUGAUUCUGAUCGAGUCAAAUUACUCCGCAGUUAUGGGAUGAAAGUGUAUUAUGGAGAUGCUACUAGGGUGCAAAUCCUAAAAACAGCUGGUGCAGAAACGGCAGAAAUUUUGGUUUUGUGUUUAGAUGACCCAGAAAACAAUCAGAAUAUUGUAGAGUUAGCAAAAACUCACUUCCCUCAUUUGAAGAUAUUUGUGAGGGCAAAGAAUAGAAUGGAUGCGUAUGAACUCAUCAAUAAAGGUGUAGAGAAUAUAUACAGAGAAACCCUAGGAACAGCUGUAGAAAUGGCAAUAGAUGUGCUACAAGCAACGGGAAUGCGUAGGUAUGCGGCUAGAAGAUUAGGCAAAAGAUUUGAAAACCUGGACAAAGCU